GGCUACAGCUCCUGGAGGCUGUACAGUAUAAUAGCAGAGUGUUGCGUUAAUACCGAUAUCCGUGUUUCCGGAGGGGACACCUGCACUCUCCAACUUCACACUAAGCGGGCCUAUUCUUAAUGCACAUAUCAUAGGCCUGUUUAUUAGGCUAUUGGACAGCGUGAUGAAGAAGAAAUAGGAAUUCGGUUCAAUUAUUGUUUCUUCCAAAUCGGAGUCAUGCUGCCAUUUCAUUUGUAGGCUACCCCAUCGAAGAGAGAGUGUAGGUUUAGUAUAGUCUUCAACAGCCUACAUCCCCUUAAUACUGUAUGGUCACAAAGCCGUCCGUUCCAGCCGGUGGUCAGCAGAAUGACUGAUCCAAGCAGCAACACGGACUUUAUGGCUGCCUACUCCGGUAUCACCCGACCAAAUGGAGCUGGCUGUGGGUUACCUCGUCGGACCGUGCUGAACUCUCCCCCUCCUCACGGCAGACUGACGUCCCUGCGGUCCCGGGACCUGACUCUGGGCGGGUUCAAAAAGGUGAUACCAAAUGGGAACGGUCAUACUGUAUAUCACAGACUAUGUACUCUACCCAUAGAGAUAGAUAGAGGACUCAUCUUUGUAUCUGUGCCAUCAGGGCCCUGCUCCAGUCAUAAGCGAAAUAAGCGGUUGCUUAGGGCCCCAGGCUGCUAAGGGGCCCCGCCCCCCCCACUAAAUUUGCCAUGUUAGAUAAAAAAAUUAGAUUGAUAAGUUAGCUGGCUAGACUAUCUAAACUUGUAGUGAUCAUAGUGUAACAGUUUUGCUUCAGUCCCUCUCCUCGCCCCUACCUGGGCUUGAACCAGGGACCCUCUGCACACAUCGACAACAGUCACCCUUGAAGCACCGUUACCCGUCGCUCCACAAAAGCCGCGGCCCUUGCAGAGCAAAGGGAAACAACUACUUCAAGGUCUCAGAGCGAGUGACGUCACCGAUUGAAAUGCUACUAGCGCGCACCGCUAACUAGCUAGCCAUUUCACACCGGUUACACUAGCCGAAUACCGACCGGUUACGCAGGGCACGUGCCCAGGGGCCUCGACCUCCAGUGAGCCCCCGUUGAUUUUGUUAGUCACUAUUACUCGGAUAUCGUUAACAUGGCAAAAGUUAUGGCAAAAUGUGUAGAAUUGCAGGAAAUUUGCUGUAAAACUGCAACAAAAAAAAUCACUCUGCCCUAUGGCAAAACGAGUAGAAUUGCAUGAAAUGUGUUAUAAAAUUGAAAAAAUAUAUAUCUUCACCCCAUGGCAAAAUGUGUAGAAUUGCAGGAAAUGAACUUUAAAAAAUAAAUAUAUUAUCUCCACCAUCAAGAGGGGGGCCACUAAAAUGUAAAUGUUCUUCUUCACGAUUGGCUGAACCCUCCUAAUGACCCAGUUGAACAUGACUUCAACAGGAUCCGGAGGAGGGGAUCAGCCAAUGAAGCUGGAAGUCCCACCCAGUUGAAUACAUUAAAAUGGUGGAAGCACUCAAUGGAGCUGCCCAUGCUGACACCACAGAUAGAACAAUGAGACAGAUAUUUCACCCCAUGUAUAAAUGUGAAGCAUCCGCUUGGCGUUUCCACUCACUACCAAAUAUGGUAACGAGGAAGCCCAUUGGCCAGCAGUGGGAGAAGACUAAUUAAAUUAUUAAUUAAUUAAUAAAGACUGAACCAGAUGGAUUUUGGCCGACAUUCUGCUAAUUUUCUCAUCGAUUAAACGUUUGAUCUCAAUACAAUUUUCUGUUCCCAAAAGAACAAUGAAGAUGUUACAGAGUGGACAAAGUUUUGUAGACUUUACCCUUUUCCAACGUUUGAAAAAAAUGUGCGUUGUUUAGGAGUGCAAAGGUGAUUUGAGUUAUUGCACAUCACAGAGUAGGCGUUCCCUAACAGAAAUAUGCAUAUGCAUGUCAGAACGCACCAAUAGGAUCUCGCUAGCUCGUGCUUGGCUCUGCUCACCACCUUGCUUGUUCUGCCCACUAGGACUCAUUUGUUCCCGUUUGAAACGACGGGCUGCUUUAUCUCGAGUUAUAAAAAUCUUUGCUAAAUGGCCCUUUGGCCACUAGAGGCCUCUAUCAUUCUCUAUGACUUGGUGAGGAGGAGGAGCUCCGUGGAUUCUUCCUUCAUGUCCAGAAGUAAUUUAGCCAUUCAUUGUAGCCAUUGGGCGCACUGUAGAGUUGCUAUUUUCUCGGGUUUUCUAGUGUCAAUUAACUUGUGACAUUUCUGGAUUACUCAUUAUAUUAAUAAAGUCUGAUUUAAUCAACAAAUACGAUAGUCAGUUUAUAAAAGGUUAAGGGUACAAGACUGUGUACAUAUCUGGCUGUGUUGGCAAAAUCACUACAUAUCCCAUCGAGCCAAGCGGGGGAGGCUGCCCGUUGUCACAGUUCCGAGACCAAUCAGAAACGUCCAUCAAACCCUACGCCAAUGACGUCGCUGGAUCUCAAAACUGACCUUGGAUCCGGGUUAAGUAGCAAUGAUAUCCUCCUCCGCCGCAGUUGUCUCACGACACGACAUAUAGCUCAAACCAGUCAUGACUGUUAAACAAAACAAUAAGUCAUUUAAGUUUCUUUCCAGCGAAUUUCUUAGUUACAUGAUUGUAUAACUAGCAAAGGAGUUUUGAAGUUGAGGGUGCAGUAUUUAUGAAGUUUGACAACGAGGACGAAAACUAACACAGCUAGUUUAGCCAGGGAAAACAAGCUCAGGCACGAUAUAGCUGGGCGCACAUUCACACUAGGCUAUUUCAGGACAUAUCGUAGUUUUUAUGCCCUGAUAUCAGGAGCUGGCCGGGAAAGGUUUGAUUAAACAAUUCAGAGAGACUGAAAGGAAUAUAUCGAAUGAGAAAUAUUUAAGGAGAGCGAAUCGAUUCCUUUUCCGAAAUCAGCUGUAACUGUCAAUAGUAAAAGCUUAAAACGAUGUCUGAGUGAACCUGAAUCCAGAAAAUGAAUGGUGAAGUCUCUUCCGGACACCGUAGACUCCUCGUCCUCACCACUAUUGUCAGUGUAACAGUGUUGCUUCCGUCUCUCUCCUUGACCCUACCUGGUCUUGAACCUGGGACCCUCUGCACACAUCGACAACUGUCACCCUUGAAGCACCGUUACCCGUCGCUCCAUAAAAGCCGCAGCCCUUGCAGAGCAAAGGGAAACAACUACUUCCAAGGUCUCAGAGCGAGUGACGUCACCGAUUGAAACGCUACUAGUGCGCACCGCUAACUAGCUAGCCAUUUCACACCGGUUACACUAGCACCACUAACUAGCUAGCCAUUUCACACCGGUUACACUAGCACCACUAACUAGCUAGCCAUUUCACACCGGUUACAUCAGUAGCACUAAAUAACCAGUCUACAGUGUAAAUGGAAACAGUGGGUGAUGAACAAAGGCAAAUAUACAGCUGUCCAGAGUCCUGUCACAAGCAUUAAGCAAAACAGUCAUGAUAUUCAGAAGUGACAAAAUAGUAUAAAUUAUGAAUAAUUUCUAUUUUUAUUACAGAAAACCUUCGUACCCAAUGUCCAUUCUCUGAGGAAGAGUAAAGAUGAGUGAGUGUCGCCUGUAUUGAUUGAAGACACAUUCCAUUAGACUACCAAGGAUACCGUUUAGAUGAAUUCAUGUUAAUGUUGAACUCCUUCCCCCAGGUUAAAGGAAGAGGCCCAUGUUGCACCAAAGGACAGAAGAGAGAGGGAGGAGAGGCACAGGGAGAGCAGAGUGGAGAGAAGAGAGCGCCCCCCUCAGACCAUUCAGUCCCACUCCAUCUUUGAACAGGGUCCUGCAGGCACAAUAAGGAAAGCAGGUGAACUGGACGUUCUCUGCCAGAAGCUGUCUUUAACAAACAGGAAAACAAUAGGUUAUUAUUCUGAUCAUUAGAAACACUUGAUUCCAGUGUGUCCUGUCCUCUGUUCUGAGCAGGGGGGUGGCGAGGGACCGACCUGAGAGACAGCGGAUCCUCUCCUGGAGCCAAGUGUUUUAAGAAGGAGAGACGCGCCUCAGAGGAAGACGAUAAUGACAUGUUACAGAAGAUUCAACGGGAUGAUGUAAGGAAAACACACAGAGGAAAACGCACAGAGGAAAACACACAGAGGAAAACACACAGAGGAAAACACACAGAGGAAAACACACAGAGGAAAACACACAGCCGUAAUGACUAGUCAACCUACAGUAAAACAGCCGUAAUGACUAGUCAACCUACAGUAAAACAGCCGUAAUGACUAGUCAACCUACAGUAAAACAGCCGUAAUGACUAGUCAACCUACAGUAAAACAGCCUUAAUGACUAGUCAACCUACAGUAAAACAGCCGUAAUGACUAGUCAACCUACAGUAAAACAGCCUUAAUGACUAGUCAACCUACAGUAAAACAGCCUUAAUGACUGGUCAACCUACAGUAAAACAGCCGUAAUGACUAGUCAACCUACAGUAAAACAGCCGUAAUGACUAGUCAACCUACAGUAAAACAGCCGUAAUGACUAGUCAACCUACAGUAAAACAGCCGUAAUGACUAGUCAACCUACAGUAAAACAGCCUUAAUGACUAGUCAACCUACAGUAAAACAGCCUUAAUGACUAGUCAACCUACAGUAAAACAGCCGUAAUGACUAGUCAACCUACAGUAAAACAGCCGUAAUGACUAGUCAACCUACAGUAAAACAGCCGUAAUGACUAGUCAACCUACAGUAAAACAGCCGUAAUGACUAGUCAACCUACAGUAAAACAGCCUUAAUGACUAGUCAACCUACAGUAAAACAGCCUUAAUGACUAGUCAACCUACAGUAAAACAGCCGUAAUGACUAGUCAACCUACAGUAAAACAGCCUUAAGACGAGUCAACCGAACAGUAAAACCAGCCGUAAUGACUAGUCCAACCUACAGUAAAACAGCCGUAAUGACUAGUCCACCUACCUUAACACCGUAAUGACAGUCAACCUACAUAAAACAGCCGUAAUGACUAGUCAACCUACAGUAAAAACAGCCUUAAUGACUAGUCAACCUACAGUAAAACAUCCGUAAUGACUAGUCAACCUACAGUAAAACAGCCGUAAUGACUAGUCCAACCUACAGUAAAAAGCCCGUAAUGACUAGUCAACCUACAGUAAAAACAGCUUAAUGACUAGUAAACCUACAGUAAAAUCAGCCGUCAUGACUAUGUCCAACCUACAGUAAAACAGCCUUAAUGACUAGUCAACCUACAGUAAAACAGCCGUAAUGACUAGUCAACCUAAAGUCGCUAUAACAUGGUGCUGUGUGGUUGAAAUCAGGGCUUGGAACUGAAGUCUGAACGGAACCAUUUUUUUGUUUGUUUCGUUUCUUUCUGUUCCGACCAGCAAAAUAAAAGCUCAGAACCGGUUCGAACCAAAAACAAAAGUAGCGGUUUAUAUUGUUCCUUUCUGUUCCUUUUGAAACCUACUUCACCCAUCAUGCAGUGCAGAUAGAGCAGCAAGCUAUAGCUCAGUGACUUGUUUACAACGCGGGAUGGAAAGACAAGUGUUGGGCGAGAGAUGCAACUGAAAUUUUGCGUGUGGGGAGAGAGUGAGAGAGGAUGGAGGCGGCAGCUUGGCUUGAAACGCUGGGCGUCUUGUGAUGACAUGCAUUAUCUGAAUUAGGCCCACAGAAUUAUACCUACGGAGGAGCGGCUUCUGGAGGAACCUUGAAUGUCUUUGAACUUCAGAGUUGGUUUAACGUUGGACCAGAGAAGCUAGCUAGCUAACAAGCUUGUGUGUGCAGAGCGGCACCAGAAUUCAAAUCAUGUCUUACCUUUUUGUAGUUAAUAAAUCCAAUGUGAAAUGUGAUAACUAUAGUAUCCCUAACUAGCAUUGAAAAAGUGAAUGCAUUCUUUAAUUAGAAACCCCCCCAAUCUUCUGAAUCAUGCUUGUAACGUCAGUAGGUUGCAGCUACGCUUCGGAAGGGGGAGGGGCAGGUAGCCUACACGCACACACAAUGGCAACGAUUUUUAGCUGGCAGGCAGACACUGGAAGAAGUUUCUGAUUGACAGAGGGAUAACGUUAUUAACUGGUUCCCAUAUGUUUAACAUAAGUUCUGUUCCGGAACAGUAUAGAUCACUUUCAUUCCGGGUUCUGAUUCUGUUCGUAUACAUUUUUUGUUAUUUCCCUGAACCGGUUCCAACCCCUGGUUAGGGUUAGGGUUGAAAAUAUAUAUUCAGACAUUUUAAACCACACACUUUCUUUUUAAUUGUAGUUUUUGGAUGAUCCUGGUUUGAAAAAUAAUGCCAAGAACAGGCCGAUUCAACUGCCACUGUAUCAAUCCAGCAACUUCCUGAAAACAGAGGCAAUAACAACUCCAUGUAAGUAUAUCCAGUGCCUUCAGAAAGUAUUCAUACCCCAUUACUUUUGUUGUGUUACAGCCUGAAUUCAAAAUGGAUGAAAAACAUUUUUAGAUUUUUUUGCGAAUUUAUCGAAAAUUAAAUACAGAAAUAUCUAAUUUACAUAAGUAUUCACACCCCUGAGUCAAUACAUGUUAGAAUCACCUUUCGCAGCGAUUACAGCUGUGAGUCUUUCUGGGUAAGUCUCUAAGAGCUUUCACACCUGGACUGCACAUUAUUCUUAAAAAUAUUAUUCAAGCUCUGUCAAGUUGGUUGUUGAUUACAUUUUACAUUUUUUUAAAAACAUUUUAGUCAUUUAGCAGACGCUCUUUAUCCAGAGCGACUUACAAUAGUGAGUGCAUACAUUUUCGUAUUGGUCCCCCGUGGGAAUCAAACUCACAACCCUGGCGUUGCAAGCGCCAUGCUCUACCAACUGAGCUACACAGGACACCAUCAUUGCAAGACAACCAUUUUCAGGUCUUGCCAUAGCAGACUUAACCCUCCCGUUGUCCUAGGGUCAAAAUGACCCGCCACUGUGUUGAACCAACUUUAUUUAUUUUUAAUUUUUUUGGGAUCAUUUGUGAGAAGGAGGCAGUGAGACUUUAAAGAAAGUAUCACUGCCCCCUUCUCACAAAUGAUCCAAAAAAUAAACGAAUUAAAUAAAGUUGGUUCAACACAGUGGCGGGUCAUUUUGACCCUAGGACAAUGGGAGGGUUAAUUCAAAACUGUAACUAGGCCACUCAGGAACAUUCAAUGUCAUUUUGGUAAACAACUCCAGCGUAUAUUUGGCCUUGUGUUUUAGGUUAUUGUCCAGCUGAAAGGUGAAUUUGGUUUCCACUGUGUUGGAAAGCAGACUGAACCAGGUUUUCGUCUAGGAUUUUGCUUGUGCUUAGCUCUAUUCUGUUUCUUUUUAUAUAUUAAAAAAAAAUCCCUAAUCCUUGCUGAUGACAAGCAUCCCCAUAACAUGAUGCAGCCACCACCAGGCUUGGAAAUAUGAAGUGGUACUCAGUGAUGUGCUGUUGGAUUUGCCCCAAACAUAAAGCUUUGUAUUCAGGACAUAAAGUUAAUUUCUUUGCCACAUUUUUUGCAGUUUUACUUUAGUGCCUUAUUGCAAACAGGAAUAUUUAUUCUGUACAGGCGUCCUUCUUUUCACUCUGUCAUUUAGGUUAGGAUUGUGGAGUAACUACAAUGUUGUUGAUCCAUCCUCAGGUCUCCUAUCACAGCCAUUAAACUCUUAACUGUUUUAAAGUCACCAUUGGCCUCAUUGUGAAAUCCCUGAGCGGUUUCCUUCCUCUCCGGCAACUGAGUUAGGAAGGAUGCCUUUAUCUUAGUGACUGGGUGUAUUGAUACACCAUCCAAAGUGUAAUUAAUAUCUUCACCGUGCUCAGAGAUAUUCAAUGUCUGCUUUUUACAUUUGUGUCCUUCUUUACGAGGCAUUGGAAAACCUCCUUGGUCUCUGUGUUUGAAAUUCACUGCUCGACUGAGGGACCUUCCAGAUAAUUGUAUGUGUGGGGUACAGAGAUGAGGUAGUCAUUCAAAAAUUAUGUUAAACACUAUUAGACUAUUACACUGAGUCCAAUCAAUCAACUUUAUUUAUAAAGCCCUUUUUACAUCAGAAGAUGCCACAAAGUGCUAUACAGAAACCCAGCCUAAAACCUCAAACAGCAAGCAAUGCAGAUGUACAGUGGGGAAAAAAAGUAUUUAGUCAGCCACCAAUUGUUCAAGUUCUCCCACUUAAAAAGAUGAGAGAGCCCGAGCCUUCCCAGGUGUCUCCUCCACCCGUUACGGGGUCUGAGUCAGAGCCCGAGCCUUCUCAGGUGUCUCCUCCACCCGUUACGGGGUCUGAGUCAGAGCCCGAGCCUUCCCAGGUGUCUCCUCCACACGUUACGGGGUCUGAGUCAGAGCCUUCCCAGGUCCCUCCUCCACCCGUUACGGGGUCUGAGUCAGAGCCUUCCCAGGGGUCUCCUCCACCCGUUACGGGGUCUGAGUCAGAGCCUUCCCAGGUGUCUCCUCCACCCGUUACGGGGUCUGAGUCAGAGCCCGAGCCUUCCCAGGUGUCUCCUCCACCCGUUACGGGGUCUGAGUCAGAGCCUUCCCAGGUGUCUCCUCCACCCGUUACGGGGUCUGAGUCAGAGCCCGAGCCUUCCCAGGUGUCUCCUCCACCCGUUACGGGGUCUGAGUCAGAGCCCGAGCCUUCCCAGGUGUCUCCUCCACCCGUUACGGGGUCUGAGUCAGAGCCUUCCCAGGUGUCUCCGCCACCCGUUACGGGGUCUGAGUCAGAGCCUUCCCAGGUGUCUCCUCCACCCGUUACGGGAUCUGAGUCAGAGCCUUCCCAGGUGUCUCCUCCACCCGUUACGGGGUUUGAGUCAGAGCCUUCCCAGGUGUCUCCUCCACCCGUUACAGGGUCUGAGCCUUCCCAGGUGUAUCCUCCACCCGUUACGGGGUCUGAGUCAGAGCCUUCCCAGGUGUCUCCUCCACCCGUUACGGGGUCUGAGUCAGAGCCCGAGCCUUCCCAGGUGUCUCCUCCACCCGUUACGGGGUCUGAGUCAGAGCCUUCCCAGGUGUCUCCUCCACCCGUUACGGGGUCUGAGUCAGAGCCCGAGCCUUCCCAGGUGUCUCCUCCACCCGUUACGGGGUCUGAGUCAGAGCCCGAGCCUUCCCAGGUGUCUCCUCCACCCGUUACUGGGUCUGAGUCAGAGCCCGAGCCUUCCCAGGUGUCUCCUCCACCCGUUACGGGGUCUGAGUCAGAGCCUUCCCAGGUGUCUCCUCCACCCGUUACGGGGUCUGAGUCAGAGCCUUCCCAGGUGUCUCCGCCACCCGUUACGGGGUCUGAGUCAGAGCCUUCCCAGGUGUCUCCUCCACCCGUUACUGGGUCUGAGUCAGAGCCCGAGCCUUCCCAGGUCUCUCCUUCACCCGUUACGGGGUCUGAGUCUUCCCAGGUGUCUCCUCCACCCGUUACGGGGUCUGAGUCAGAGCCCGAGCCUUCCCAGGUGUCUCCUCCACCCGUUACUGGGUCUGAGUCAGAGCCCGAGCCUUCCCAGGUGUCUCCUCCAUCCGUUACGGGGUCUGAGUCAGAGCCCGAGCCUUCCCAGGUGUCUCCUCCACCCGUUACUGGGUCUGAGUCAGAGCCCGAUUCUUCCCAGGUGUCUCCUCCACCCGUUACGGGGUCUGAGUCAGAGCCCGAGCCUUCCCAGGUGUCUCCUCCACCCGUUACGGGGUCUGAGUCAGAGCCCGAGCCUUCCCAGGUGUCUCCUCCACCCGUUACGGGGUCUGAGUCAGAGCCCGAGCCUUCCCAGGUGUCUCCUCCACCCGUUACGGGGUCUGAGUCAGAGCCUUCCCAGGUGUCUCCUCCACACGUUACGGGGUCUGAGUCAGAGCCCGAGCCUUCCCAGGUGUCUCCUCCACCCGUUACGGGGUCUGAGUCAGAGCCUUCCCAGGUAUCUCCUCCAACCAUUACGGGGUCUGAGUCAGAGCCUUCCCAGGUGUCUCCUCCACCCGUUACGGGGUCUGAGUCAGAGCCCGAGCCUUCCCAGGUGUCUCCUCCACCCGUUACUGGGUCUGAGUCAGAGCCUUCCCAGGUCCCUCCUCCACCCGUUACGGGGUCUGAGUCAGAGCCUUCCCAGGUGUCUCCUCCACCCGUUACGGGGUCUGAGUCAGAGCCUUCCCAGGGGUCUCCUCCACCCGUUACGGGGUCUGAGUCAGAGCCUUCCCAGGUGUCUCCUCCACCCGUUACGGGGUCUGAGUCAGAGCCCGAGCCUUCCCAGGUGUCUCCUCCACCCGUUACGGGGUCUGAGUCAGAGCCUUCCCAGGUGUCUCCUCCACCCGUUACGGGGUCUGAGUCAGAGCCCGAGCCUUCCCAGGUGUCUCCUCCACCCGUUACGGGGUCUGAGUCAGAGCCCGAGCCUUCCCAGGUGUCUCCUCCACCCGUUACGGGGUCUGAGUCAGAGCCCGAGCCUUCCCAGGUGUCUCCUCCACCCGUUACGGGGUCUGAGUCAGAGCCUUCCCAGGUGUCUCCGCCACCCGUUACGGGGUCUGAGUCAGAGCCUUCCCAGGUGUCUCCUCCACCCGUUACGGGAUCUGAGUCAGAGCCUUCCCAGGUGUCUCCUCCACCCGUUACGGGGUUUGAGUCAGAGCCUUCCCAGGUGUCUCCUCCACCCGUUACAGGGUCUGAGCCUUCCCAGGUGUAUCCUCCACCCGUUACGGGGUCUGAGUCAGAGCCUUCCCAGGUGUCUCCUCCACCCGUUACGGGGUCUGAGUCAGAGCCCGAGCCUUCCCAGGUGUCUCCUCCACCCGUUACGGGGUCUGAGUCAGAGCCUUCCCAGGUGUCUCCUCCACCCGUUACGGGGUCUGAGUCAGAGCCCGAGCCUUCCCAGGUGUCUCCUCCACCCGUUACGGGGUCUGAGUCAGAGCCCGAGCCUUCCCAGGUGUCUCCUCCACCCGUUACUGGGUCUGAGUCAGAGCCCGAGCCUUCCCAGGUGUCUCCUCCACCCGUUACGGGGUCUGAGUCAGAGCCUUCCCAGGUGUCUCCUCCACCCGUUACGGGGUCUGAGUCAGAGCCUUCCCAGGUGUCUCCGCCACCCGUUACGGGGUCUGAGUCAGAGCCUUCCCAGGUGUCUCCUCCACCCGUUACUGGGUCUGAGUCAGAGCCCGAGCCUUCCCAGGUCUCUCCUUCACCCGUUACGGGGUCUGAGUCUUCCCAGGUGUCUCCUCCACCCGUUACGGGGUCUGAGUCAGAGCCCGAGCCUUCCCAGGUGUCUCCUCCACCCGUUACUGGGUCUGAGUCAGAGCCCGAGCCUUCCCAGGUGUCUCCUCCAUCCGUUACGGGGUCUGAGUCAGAGCCCGAGCCUUCCCAGGUGUCUCCUCCACCCGUUACUGGGUCUGAGUCAGAGCCCGAUUCUUCCCAGGUUGUCUCCUCCACCCGUUACGGGGUCUGAGUCAGAGCCCGAGCCUUCCCAGGUGUCUCCUCCACCCGUUACGGGGUCUGAGUCAGAGCCCGAGCUUCCCAGGUGUCUCCUCCACCCGUUACGGGGUCUGAGUCAGAGCCCGAGCCUUCCCAGGUGUCUCCUCCACCCGUUACGGGGUCUGAGUCAGAGCCUUCCCAGGUGUCUCCUCCACACGUUACGGGGUCUGAGUCAGAGCCCGAGCCUUCCCAGGUGUCUCCUCCACCCGUUACGGGGUCUGAGUCAGAGCCUUCCCAGGUAUCUCCUCGAGCCUUCCCAGGUGUCUCCUCCACCCGUUACUGGGUCUGAGUCAGAGCCUUCCCAGGUCCCUCCUCCACCCGUUACGGGGUCUGAGUCAGAGCCUUCCCAGGUGUCUCCUCCACCCGUUACGGGGUCUGAGUCAGAGCCUUCCCAGGUGUCUCCUCCACCCGUUACGGGGUCUGACUCAGUCCCCGAGCCUUCCCAGGUGUCUCCUCCACCCGUUACUGGGUCUGAGUCAGAGCCCGAGCCUUCCCAGGUCUCUCCUCCACCCGUUACGGGGUCUGAGUCUUCCCAGGUGUCUCCUCCACCCGUUACGGGGUCUGAGUCAGAGCCCGAAUCUUCCCAGGUGUCUCCUCCACCCGUUACUGGGUCUGAGUCAGAGCCCGAGCCUUCCCAGGUGUCUCCUCCACCCGUUACGGGGUCUGAGUCAGAGCCCGAGCCUUCCCAGGUGUCUCCUCCACCCGUUACUGGGUCUGAGUCAGAGCCCGAUUCUUCCCAGGUGUCUCCUCCACACGUUACGGGGUCUGAGUCAGAGCCUGAGCCUUCCCAGGUGUCUCCUCCACCCGUUACGGGGUCUGAGUCAGAGCCUUCCCAGGUAUCUCCUCCAACCGUUACGGGGUCUGAGUCAGAGCCUUCCCAGGUGUCUCCUCCACCCGUUACGGGGUCUGAGUCAGAGCCCGAGCCUUCCCAGGUGUCUCCUCCACCCGUUACUGGGUCUGAGUCAGAGCCUUCCCAGGUGUCUCCUCCACCCGUUACGGGGUCUGAGUCAGAGCCUUCCCAGGUGUCUCCUCCACCCGUUACAGGGUCUGAGUCAGAGCCCGAGCCUUCCCAGGUCUCUCCUCCACCCGUUACGGGGUCUGAGUCAGAGCCUUCCCAGGUGUCUCCUCCACCCGUUACUGGGUCUGAGUCAGAGCCCGAUUCUUCCCAGGUGUCUCCUCCACACGUUACGGGGUCUGAGUCAGAGCCUGAGCCUUCCCAGGUGUCUCCUCCACCCGUUACGGGGUCUGAGUCAGAGCCUUCCCAGGUAUCUCCUCCAACCGUUACGGGGUCUGAGUCAGAGCCUUCCCAGGUGUCUCCUCCACCCGUUACGGGGUCUGAGUCAGAGCCCGAGCCUUCCCAGGUGUCUCCUCCACCCGUUACUGGGUCUGAGUCAGAGCCUUCCCAGGUGUCUCCUCCACCCGUUACGGGGUCUGAGUCAGAGCCUUCCCAGGUGUCUCCUCCACCCGUUACAGGGUCUGAGUCAGAGCCCGAGCCUUCCCAGGUCUCUCCUCCACCCGUUACGGGGUCUGAGUCAGAGCCUUCCCAGGUGUCUCCUCCACCCGUUACGGGGUCUGAGUCAGAGCCCGAGCCUUCCCAGGUGUCUCCUCCACCCGUUACUGGGUCUGAGUCAGAGCCCGAGCCUUCCCAGGUGUCUCCUCCACCCGUUACGGGGUCUGAGUCAGAGCCUUCCCAGGUGUCUCCUCCACCCGUUACGGGGUCUGAGUCAGAGCCCGAGCCUUCCCAGGUCUCUCCUCCACCCGUUACGGGGUCUGAGUCUUCCCAGGUGUCUCCUCCACCCGUUACGGGGUCUGAGUCAGAGCCCGAGCCUUCCCAGGUGUCUCCUCCAACCGUUACGGGGUCUGAGUCAGAGCCUUCCCAGGUGUCUCCUCCACCCGUUACUGGGUCUGAGUCAGAGCCCGAGCCUUCCCAGGUGUCUCCUCCACCCGUUACGGGGUCUGAGUCAGAGCCCGAGCCUUCCCAGGUGGCUCCUCCACCCGUUACUGGGUCUGAGUCAGAGCCCGAUUCUUCCCAGGUGUCUCCUCCACACGUUACGGGGUCUGAGUCAGAGCCCGAGCCUUCCCAGGUGUCUCCUCCACCCGUUACGGGGUCUGAGUCAGAGCCUUCCCAGGUGUCUCCUCCACCCGUUACUGGGUCUGAGUCAGAGCCCGAGCCUUCCCAGGUGUCUCCUCCACCCGUUACAGGGUCUGAGUCAGAGCCCGAGCCUUCCCAGGUGUCUCCUCCACCCGUUACGGGGUCUGAGUCAGAGCCUUCCCAGGUGUCUCCUCCACCCGUUACGGGGUCUGAGUCAGAGCCUUCCCAGGUGUCUCCUACACCCGUUACGGGGUCUGAGUCAGAGCCUUCCCAGGUGUCUCCUCCACCCGUUACGGGGUCUGAGUCAGAGCCUUCCCAGGUGUCUCCUCCACCCGUUACGGGGUCUGAGUCAGAGCCCGAGCCUUCCCAGGUGUCUCCUCCACCCGUUACAGGGUCUGAGUCAGAGCCCGAGCCUUCCCAGGUCUCUCCUCCACCCGUUACGGGUUCUGAGCUGCUGAAGCCUCCCCACCAUUAGCUCUGACAAAUAGAAAACAGUCAUUGGCGACUCCAUUAUCCACAAUAUUAGACUUAAACAGAAUCCUCCAGCGAUCAUACACUGUUUACCAGGGGGCAGGGCUCCCGACGUAAAGGCUAAUCUGAAGAUGGUGCUGGCUGAGACUAAAACUGGAGAGUGUAGAUGGUAUAGGGAUAUUGUUAUCCACGUCGGCACCAACGAUGUUAGGAUGAAACAGUCAGAGGUCACCAAGCUCAACAUAGCUUCAGCGUGUAAAUCAGCUAGAAAGAUGAGUUGGAGUGGAGUAAUUGUCUCUGGCCCCUCCCAGUGGGGGAUUAACACUACUCCCUGUACUUACUGGUGGCACAGACGCUGUAUCAUCCUUUCCUACACCUCCAUUGCCCUUGUCUAACGACUGCGUCUGAAGCAGAGUUUGCAACACAGCUAACCUCACCAUAAGGCGAUCAUUCUCCUGUAUAUUAAGAGUACAGCGGCUGCAAUGAGAAGCAUAAUGUUACUUAGCUUUUUGGGCUGGAGGAGGUCCUGCAGAUCCAUGCCAGAUAAAACGCUUUCACCCCGGAUGCUUUAUGAAAAACAUUGAGUGAAGACAAAACUAAGAUGUUGGUAAACUUGUUAAAUACAGAGUUUGAUGUAACUGUUAACAGUAAAAAGAGAGUUUGUCGGGUAGCCAAGUAGCAUCAAACAGCACAGCAGUACAGAGACAACGGGGAAGUCCAUUGGUCAGCACAUUUUUACUCCUGAACUGAUUUAGGCAUGCCAUAACAAAGGGGUUGAAUACUCAAGACAUUUCAGCUUUUCCAUUUGUAAUUAAUUUGUUCAUUUCUACAAACAUAAUUCCACUUUGACAUUAUGGGGUAUUGUGUGUAGGCCAGUGACACAAUCUCAAUUGGAUCCAUUUUAAAUUCAGGCUGUAACAAAACAAAAUGAGGAAUAAGUCCAGGGGUGUGAAUGCUUUCUGAAGGCACUGUAUGCACAUAAUACAGUAUGUAGACCAUUAGACAUGCACAUAUGGAGGUGUACAGACUCAAUACAUAAAAUACAUGAUAAAUGUGUGUCUUUGUUCCCAGGUAGUUGAUCGUCCUGUGUUUGUUGCCCUACAGGGUUCAGAGCCUCUGCUGCUACUGGCCCAGACCAGCCCCUUCAGUACGGACCAGGCCAGGGGGUCCUGAGCCCAGACCAGACCCUUCAGUAUAGACCAGGCCAGGGGGUCCUGAGCCCAGACCAGACCCUUCAGUACGGACCAGUCCAGGGGGUCCUGAGCCCAGACCAGACCCUUCAGUAUAGACCAGUCCAGGGGGUCCUGAGCCCAGACCAGACCCUUCAGUACGGACCAGGCCAGGGGGUCCUGAGCCCAGACCAGCCCCUUCAGUACGGACCAGGCCAGGGGGUCCUGAGCCCAGACCAGACCCCUCAGUACGGACCAGUCCAGGGGGUCCUGAGCCCAGACCAGACCCCUCAGUACGGACCAGGCCAGGGGGUCCUGAGCCCAGACCAGACCCCUCAGUACGGACCAGUCCAGGGGGUCCUGAGCCCAGACCAGACCCCUCAGUACGGACCAGGCCAGGGGGUCCUGAGCCCAGACCAGCCCCUUCAGUACGGACCAGGCCAGGGGGUCCUGGGCCCAGACCAGCCCUCUGUAGCAGAGCUCUUCCACCAGCUGACGGUUUCAGAGACAGAAGAGUUGCUGUUCAUCCAGCUACCUGAUACUAUCCCUGGCCAGCCAACCACAGCAUCCGCCCCGAGCCAGCCAACCACAGCCACCGGCCAGCCAAUCAUAGCCCCAGAGAAAAAUGCUAAAAAAGACUCCAAGUCCGAUGGCAAGCGCUCCUCUCACAUUAAAGCACCAGUGAGUAAAGACCACAUAUUCUAUCCUUAUUUUCUAUCAGCCACUUCAUUCUAACAGAGAAUGAAAAAACCAUCUGAGUAAACGGCCAAGUUGCUCCUCAGGACCCUGCUGGAGAUAGCGUUCCAAUCCGGUCAGAGUUCUCCUAACCCUAACCUCAACCCUAAAGGCCAUGUUCUUCCUCAGGACCCUGCUGGAGAUAGCGUUCCAAUCCGGUCAGAGUUCUCCUAACCCUAACCUCAACCCUAAAGGCCAUGUUCUUCCUCAGGACCCUGCUGGAGAUAGCGUUCCAAUCCGGUCAGAGUUCUCCUAACCCUAACCUCAACCCUAAAGGCCAUGUUCUUCCUCAGGACCCUGCUGGUAGAUAGCGUUCCAAUCCGGUCAGGUUCUCCUAACCCUAACCUCAACCCUAAAGGCCAUGUUCUUCCUCAGGACCCUGCUGGAGAUAGCGUUCCAAUCCGGUCAGAGUUCUCCUAACCCUAACCUCAACCCUAAAGGCCAUGUUCUUCCUCAGGACCCUGCUGGAGAUAGCGUUCCAAUCCGGUCAGAGUUCUCCUAACCCUAACCUCAACCCUAAAGGCCAUGUUCUUCCUCAGGACCCUGCUGGAGAUAGCGUUCCAAUCCGGUCAGAGUUCUCCUAACCCUAACCUCAACCCUAAAGGCCAUGUUCUUCCUCAGGACCCUGCUGGAGAUAGCGUUCCAAUCCGGUCAGAGUUCUCCUAACCCUAACCUCAACCCUAAAGGCCAUGUUCUUCCUCAGGACCCUGCUGGAGAUAGCGUUCCAAUCCGGUCAGAGUUCUCCCUAACCCUAACCUCAACCCUAAAGGCCAUGUUCUUCCUCAGGACCCUGCUGGAGAUAGCGUUCCAAUCCGGUCAGAGUUCUCCUAACCCUAACCUCAACCCUAAAGGCCAUGUUCUUCCCUCCAGGACCCUGCUGGGAUGCGUUGCCAAUCCGUCAGAUCUCUUAACCUCAUGAGGCCCUUCCUCAGGACCCUGCUGGUAAAGACGUUCCUGUCCUGUCAGAGUUCACAGAGGGGAUUCUGGGUAAACUACAGAUCAGGAAGUCUGGCAAGGUGCAGCUGCUGCUGGGAGACAUCACUAUGGACGUCUCUGAGGGAGCCGCCUUCCCCUUCCUACAGGUAGGUUAAUAUAAUAGUUACCCAGGACAGGGUUAUAUGGUGCUGGGAGACAUCACUAUGGACAUCUCAGAGGGAGAGGCCUUCCCCUUCCUACAGGUAGGUUAAUAUAAUAGUUACCCAGGACAGGGUUAGAUGGUGUUGGGAGACAUCACUAUGGACAUCUCAGAGGGAGAGGCCUUCCCCUUCCUACAGGUAGGUUAAUAUAAUAGUUACCCAGGACAGGGUUAGAUGGUGUUGGGAGACAUCACUAUGGACAUCUCAGAGGGAGAGGCCUUCCCCUUCCUACAGGUAGGUUAAUAUAAUAGUUACCCAGGACAGGGUUAGAUGGUGUUGGGAGACAUCACUAUGGACAUCUCAGAGGGAGAGGCCUUCCCCUUCCUACAGGUAGGUUAAUAUAAUAGUUACCCAGAACAGGGUUAGAUGGUGUUGGGAGACAUCACUAUGGACAUCUCAGAGGGAGAGGCCUUCCCCUUCCUACAGGUAGGUUAAUAUAAUAGUUACCCAGGACAGGGUUAGAUGGUGCUGGGAGACAUCACUAUGGACAUCUCAGAGGGAGAGGCCUUCCCCUUCCUACAGGUAGGUUAAUAUAAUAGUUACCCAGGACAGGGUUAUAUGGUGUUGGGAGACAUCACUAUGGACAUCUCAGAGGGAGAGGCCUUCCCCUUCCUACAGGUAGGUUAAUAUAAUAGUUACCCAGGACAGGGUUAGAUGGUGUUGGGAGACAUCACUAUGGACAUCUCAGAGGGAGAGGCCUUCCCCUUCCUACAGGUAGGUUAAUAUAAUAGUUACCCAGAACAGGGUUAUAUGGUGCUGGGAGACAUCACUAUGGACAUCUCAGAGGGAGAGGCCUUCCCCUUCCUACAGGUAGGUUAAUAUAAUAGUUACCCAGGACAGGGUUAUAUGGUGUUGGGAGACAUCACUAUGGACAUCUCAGAGGGAGAGGCCUUCCCCUUCCUACAGGUAGGUUAAUAUAAUAGUUACCCAGGACAGGGUUAUAUGGUGUUGGGAGACAUCACUAUGGACAUCUCAGAGGGAGAGGCCUUCCCCUUCCUACAGGUAGGUUAAUAUAAUAGUUACCCAGGACAGGGUUAGAUGGUGUUGGGAGACAUCACUAUGGACAUCUCAGAGGGAGAGGCCUUCCCCUUCCUACAGGUAGGUUAAUAUAAUAGUUACCCAGGACAGGGUUAUAUGGUGUUGGGAGACAUCACUAUGGACAUCUCAGAGGGAGAGGCCUUCCCCUUCCUACAGGUAGGUUAAUAUAAUAGUUACCCAGGACAGGGUUAUAUGGUGCUGGGAGACAUCACUAUGGACAUCUCAGAGGGAGAGGCCUUCCCCUUCCUACAGGUAGGUUAAUAUAAUAGUUACCCAGGACAGGGUUAGAUGGUGUUGGGAGACAUCACUAUGGACAUCUCAGAGGGAGAGGCCUUCCCCUUCCUACAGGUAGGUUAAUAUAAUAGUUACCCAGAACAGGGUUAGAUGGUGCUGGGAGACAUCACUAUGGACAUCUCAGAGGGAGAGGCCUUCCCCUUCCUACAGGUAGGUUAAUAUAAUAGUUACCCAGGACAGGGUUAUAUGGUGUUGGGAGACAUCACUAUGGACAUCUCAGAGGGAGAGGCCUUCCCCUUCCUACAGGUAGGUUAAUAUAAUAGUUACCCAGGACAGGGUUAGAUGGUGUUGGGAGACAUCACUAUGGACAUCUCAGAGGGAGAGGCCUUCCCCUUCCUACAGGUAGGUUAAUAUAAUAGUUACCCAGGACAGGGUUAUAUGGUGUUGGGAGACAUCACUAUGGACAUCUCAGAGGGAGAGGCCUUCCCCUUCCUACAGGUAGGUUAAUAUAAUAGUUACCCAGGACAGGGUUAUAUGGUGUUGGGAGACAUCACUAUGGACAUCUCAGAGGGAGAGGCCUUCCCCUUCCUACAGGUAGGUUAAUAUAAUAGUUACCCAGGACAGGGUUAUAUGGUGUUGGGAGACAUCACUAUGGACAUCUCAGAGGGAGAGGCCUUCCCCUUCCUACAGGUAGGUUAAUAUAAUAGUUACCCAGGACAGGGUUAGAUGGUGUUGGGAGACAUCACUAUGGACAUCUCAGAGGGAGAGGCCUUCCCCUUCCUACAGGUAGGUUAAUAUAAUAGUUACCCAGGACAGGGUUAGAUGGUGUUGGGAGACAUCACUAUGGACAUCUCAGAGGGAGAGGCCUUCCCCUUCCUACAGGUAGGUUAAUAUAAUAGUUACCCAGGACAGGGUUAGAUGGUGUUGGGAGACAUCACUAUGGACAUCUCAGAGGGAGAGGCCUUCCCCUUCCUACAGGUAGGUUAAUAUAAUAGUUACCCAGGACAGGGUUAGAUGGUGUUGGGAGACAUCACUAUGGACAUCUCAGAGGGAGAGGCCUUCCCCUUCCUACAGGUAGGUUAAUAUAAUAGUUACCCAGGACAGGGUUAGAUGGUGUUGGGAGACAUCACUAUGGACAUCUCAGAGGGAGAGGCCUUCCCCUUCCUACAGGUAGGUUAAUAUAAUAGUUACCCAGGACAGGGUUAUAUGGUGUUGGGAGACAUCACUAUGGACAUCUCAGAGGGAGAGGCCUUCCCCUUCCUACAGGUAGGUUAAUAUAAUAGUUACCCAGGACAGGGUUAUAUGGUGUUGGGAGACAUCACUAUGGACAUCUCAGAGGGAGAGGCCUUCCCCUUCCUACAGGUAGGUUAAUAUAAUAGUUACCCAGGACAGGGUUAUAUGGUGUUGGGAGACAUCACUAUGGACAUCUCAGAGGGAGAGGCCUUCCCCUUCCUACAGGUAGGUUAAUAUAAUAGUUACCCAGGACAGGGUUAUAUGGUGUUGGGAGACAUCACUAUGGACAUCUCAGAGGGAGAGGCCUUCCCCUUCCUACAGGUAGGUUAAUAUAAUAGUUACCCAGGACAGGGUUAUAUGGUGUUGGGAGACAUCACUAUGGACAUCUCAGAGGGAGAGGCCUUCCCCUUCCUACAGGUAGGUUAAUAUAAUAGUUACCCAGGACAGGGUUAUAUGGUGUUGGGAGACAUCACUAUGGACAUCUCAGAGGGAGAGGCCUUCCCCUUCCUACAGGUAGGUUAAUAUAAUAGUUACCCAGGACAGGGUUAUAUGGUGUUGGGAGACAUCACUAUGGACAUCUCAGAGGGAGAGGCCUUCCCCUUCCUACAGGUAGGUUAAUAUAAUAGUUACCCAGGACAGGGUUAUAUGGUGUUGGGAGACAUCACUAUGGACAUCUCAGAGGGAGAGGCCUUCCCCUUCCUACAGGUAGGUUAAUAUAAUAGUUACCCAGGACAGGGUUAUAUGGUGCUGGGAGACAUCACUAUGGACAUCUCAGAGGGAGAGGCCUUCCCCUUCCUACAGGUAGGUUAAUAUAAUAGUUACCCAGGACAGGGUUAGAUGGUGCUGGGAGACAUCACUAUGGACAUCUCAGAGGGAGAGGCCUUCCCCUUCCUACAGGUAGGUUAAUAUAAUAGUUACCCAGGACAGGGUUAGAUGGUGCUGGGAGACAUCACUAUGGACAUCUCAGAGGGAGAGGCCUUCCCCUUCCUACAGGUAGGUUAAUAUAAUAGUUACCCCAGGACAGGGUUAUAUGGUGCUGGGAGACAUCACUAUGGACAUCUCAGAGGGAGAGGCCUUCCCCUUCCUACAGGUAGGUUAAUAUAAUAGUUACCCAGGACAGGGUUAUAUGGUGUUGGGAGACAUCACUAUGGACAUCUCAGAGGGAGAGGCCUUCCCCUUCCUACAGGUAGGUUAAUAUAAUAGUUACCCAGGACAGGGUUAGAUGGUGUUGGGAGACAUCACUAUGGACAUCUCAGAGGGAGAGGCCUUCCCCUUCCUACAGGUAGGUUAAUAUAAUAGUUACCCAGGACAGGGUUAGAUGGUGUUGGGAGACAUCACUAUGGACAUCUCAGAGGGAGAGGCCUUCCCCUUCCUACAGGUAGGUUUAGGUUAAUAUAAUAGUUACCCAGGACAGGGUUAUAUGGUGUUGGGAGACAUCACUAUGGACAUCUCAGAGGGAGAGGCCUUCCCCUUCCUACAGGUAGGUUAAUAUAAUAGUUACCCAGGACAGGGUUAGAUGGUGUUGGGAGACAUCACUAUGGACAUCUCAGAGGGAGAGGCCUUCCCCUUCCUACAGGUAGGUUAAUAUAAUAGUUACCCAGGACAGGGUUAUAUGGUGUUGGGAGACAUCACUAUGGACAUCUCAGAGGGAGAGGCCUUCCCCUUCCUACAGGUAGGUUAAUAUAAUAGUUACCCAGGACAGGGUUAGAUGGUGUUGGGAGACAUCACUAUGGACAUCUCAGAGGGAGAGGCCUUCCCCUUCCUACAGGUAGGUUAAUAUAAUAGUUACCCAGGACAGGGUUAUAUGGUGUUGGGAGACAUCACUAUGGACAUCUCAGAGGGAGAGGCCUUCCCCUUCCUACAGGUAGGUUAAUAUAAUAGUUACCCAGGACAGGGUUAUAUGGUGUUGGGAGACAUCACUAUGGACAUCUCAGAGGGAGAGGCCUUCCCCUUCCUACAGGUAGGUUAAUAUAAUAGUUACCCAGGACAGGGUUAGAUGGUGUUGGGAGACAUCACUAUGGACAUCUCAGAGGGAGAGGCCUUCCCCUUCCUACAGGUAGGUUAAUAUAAUAGUUACCCAGGACAGGGUUAGAUGGUGUUGGGAGACAUCACUAUGGACAUCUCAGAGGGAGAGGCCUUCCCCUUCCUACAGGUAGGUUAAUAUAAUAGUUACCCAGGACAGGGUUAGAUGGUGUUGGGAGACAUCACUAUGGACAUCUCAGAGGGAGAGGCCUUCCCCUUCCUACAGGUAGGUUAAUAUAAUAGUUACCCAGGACAGGGUUAGAUGGUGUUGGGAGACAUCACUAUGGACAUCUCAGAGGGAGAGGCCUUCCCCUUCCUACAGGUAGGUUAAUAUAAUAGUUACCCAGGACAGGGUUAGAUGGUGUUGGGAGACAUCACUAUGGACAUCUCAGAGGGAGAGGCCUUCCCCUUCCUACAGGUAGGUUAAUAUAAUAGUUACCCAGGACAGGGUUAGAUGGUGUUGGGAGACAUCACUAUGGACAUCUCAGAGGGAGAGGCCUUCCCCUUCCUACAGGUAGGUUAAUAUAAUAGUUACCCAGGACAGGGUUAGAUGGUGUUGGGAGACAUCACUAUGGACAUCUCAGAGGGAGAGGCCUUCCCCUUCCUACAGGUAGGUUAAUAUAAUAGUUACCCAGGACAGGGUUAGAUGGUGUUGGGAGACAUCACUAUGGACAUCUCAGAGGGAGAGGCCUUCCCCUUCCUACAGGUAGGUUAAUAUAAUAGUUACCCAGGACAGGGUUAUAUGGUGCUGGGAGACAUCACUAUGGACGUCUCAGAGGGAGAGGCCUUCCCCUUCCUACAGGUAGGUUAAUAUAAUAGUUACCCAGGACAGGGUUAGAUGCUGCUGGGAGACAUCACUAUGGACAUCUCAGAGGGAGAGGCCUUCCCCUUCCUACAGGUAGGUUAAUAUAAUAGUUACCCAGGACAGGGUUAGAUGGUGUUGGGAGACAUCACUAUGGACAUCUCAGAGGGAGAGGCCUUCCCCUUCCUACAGGUAGGUUAAUAUAAUAGUUACCCAGGACAGGGUUAGAUGGUGUUGGGAGACAUCACUAUGGACAUCUCAGAGGGAGAGGCCUUCCCCUUCCUACAGGUAGGUUAAUAUAAUAGUUACCCAGGACAGGGUUAGAUGGUGUUGGGAGACAUCACUAUGGACAUCUCAGAGGGAGAGGCCUUCCCCUUCCUACAGGUAGGUUAAUAUAAUAGUUACCCAGGACAGGGUUAUAUGGUGUUGGGAGACAUCACUAUGGACAUCUCAGAGGGAGAGGCCUUCCCUUAACGGUCUAGUUCUCCUGUUUCAUCCUAAAGAACCACGUAGUCCUCUAUCACUGUCCAGACAAUAAUGGUUUAGGGUCAGACAAUAAGGGGUUAAAUCAUCUAGGGGAAACUAACGUAUUAUUUCUCCCACAGCAGCUGGUGUCUGUGCGUCUGUCUGAGGGCCUGACUGGAGACAUGAGGAUCCUGGGGAACGUCAAGCACAAGCUGGUCUGCUCUCCAGACUUCCAGGCUCUGCUACAGGAGCCAUCACCUCACCAAUCAGCACAUCUCUAACUCUGCUACAGGAGCCAUCACCUCACCAAUCAGCACAUCUCUAACUCUGCUACAGGAGCCAUCACCUUACCAAUCAGCACAUCUCUAACUCUGCUACAGGAGCCAUCACCUUACCAAUCAGCACAUCUCUAACUCUGCUACAGGAGCCAUCACCUUACCAAUCAGCACAUCUCUAACUCUGCUACAGGAGCCAUCACCUUACCAAUCAGCACAUCUCUAACUCUGCUACAGGAGCCAUCACCUUACCAAUCAGCACAUCUCUAACUCUGCUACAGGAGCCAUCACCUUACCAAUCAGCACAUCUCUAACUCUGCUACAGGAGCCAUCACCUUACCAAUCAGCACAUCUCUAACUCUGCUACAGGAGCCAUCACCUUACCAAUCAGCACAUCUCUAACUCUGCUACAGGAGCCAUCACCUUACCAAUCAGCACAUCUCUAACUCUGCUACAGGAGCCAUCACCUUACCAAUCAGCACAUCUCUAACUCUGCUACAGGAGCCAUCACCUUACCAAUCAGCACAUCUCUAACUCUGCUACAGGAGCCAUCACCUUACCAAUCAGCACAUCUCUAACUCUGCUACAGGAGCCAUCACCUUACCAAUCAGCACAUCUCUAACUCUGCUACAGGAGCCAUCACCUCACCAAUCAGCACAUCUCUAACUCUGCUACAGGAGCCAUCACCUUACCAAUCAGCACAUCUCUAACUCACCUUUUUCAGCAUCAAUGUGUAGAUAUUGUACACAGUUGUAUUAUAAAAUGUGAGCAUUAAUGUGUAGAUAUUGUACAUAGUUUACUUUCAUCAUAAAGCGUUUCUUAUGUACCUUGGUCGAUUUCCCCCCAAUUUGUUUUCACUGUAUAAACAUGGUGUAUAUGAAGUGUCAUUUAUUUUGAAAAUGUAUGUAAAUGUUUAUUUAAUAAAAGAUUAGAUACAAAACAUGAGGCAACUUUUACGCAGGAAAACACUAAUACAUUCUACAAGCAAAGUAACUUGUAACUGGUAUGUCAACGCUGUCUUGUUCUUCAGCCGGCAAGUCUCUUAACAAAGACUGUAUCUAGUAUAGACUAGCCUGUACAGGAUGUCAUAUACAGAACGUGGCCCUGAUGACAGGAACUUAACUUCAACAUAAUUCAUAUUUUCAUACUAGAAAGAACACUGCUUUAAUGAUAGUUUACAAUAAAGCACAGUCAAUUCUCAUAAUUCUGCAGAAACUGUCAGUUGAGAAUGUUAAUGUUUCCCGAUCUUUCCCAGACUGAUGCCUUGAAGGUUCUUUCACAGUUUGGAGGUGCUACGAGCAUUGAUAGGACACUAUGAUUAUUUACAACUGAUAACUGAAACAAAAUGACUUUUAUUUGGGACGGUAACUUGCCUUUCUAACAGAACCCUUCCUCUCCAGAACAACUCAAGCCUUUUUCCUGCUCCUCGCUGUAGUCGCUGCUGCAGCUUUGGUUUCCACCACUUUCCCUUUGGAUUUCUUUUUGCCUCCUUUAGUGGCGGUUUUCUUCUUGCGGGUCUCUUUCCGUCUGAUCAGAUCCUCCCGUCCGAUAUCCAUCAUGUGUUCCUCCCAGGACUUUAUCUCAUUUUUAUAGCGCACCUUGUCAUCCUCCGCCAGCUGCAUGUAAACCUGAAACAUAACAUCACAGAGUCCGUCAGCUGUGUGCAUACAUACGAUAACAUACGCACUAUACACACACAUGGAUGUUGUGUUAUUGAUAUGUGGUAGUAGAGUAGAGGCCUGAGGGUACACACUUAAUAUGUUGUGAAAUCUGUUAUGAAUGUAUUCAUGUUUUUAAAAUGUAUAACUGCCUUAAUUUUGCUGGACCCCAGGAAGAGUAGCUGCUGCCUUGGCAGGAACUAAUGGGGAUCCAUAAUAAACCCCAGGAAGAGUAGCUGCUGCCUUGACAGGAACUAAUGGGGAUCCAUAAUAAACCCCAGGAAGAGUAGCUGCUGCCUUGGCAGGAACUAAUGGGGAUCCAUAAUAAACCCCAGGAAGAGUAGCUGCUGCCUUGGCAGGAACUAAUGGGGAUCCAUAAUAAACCCCAGGAAGAGUAGCUGCUGCCUUGGCAGGAACUAAUGGGGAUCCAUAAUAAACCCCAGGAAGAGUAGCUGCUGCCUUGGCAGGAACUAAUGGGAAUCCAUAAUAAACCCCAGGAAGAGUAGCCGCUGCCUUGGCAGGAACUAAUGGGGAUCCAUAAUAAACCCCAGGAAGAGUAGCUGCUGCCUUGGCAGGAACUAAUGGGGAUCCAUAAUAAACCCCAGGAAGAGUAGCUGCUGCCUUGGCAGGAAUAACUAUAUCAGUCACUAUAUAUAUAUAUAUAUAACAGUCACUAUAUCCCACCCCUACAGUACCACACCUACAGAACCAGUCACUAUAUACCACACCUACAGAACCAGUCACUAUAUACCACACCUACAGAACCAGUCACACCUACAGAACCAGUCACUAUAUACCACACCUACAGUACCAGUCACUAUAUACCACACCUACAGUACCACACCUACAGAACCAGUCACUAUAUACCACACCUACAGAACCAGUCACUAUAUACCACACCUACAGUACCAGUCACUAUAUACCACACCUACAGAACCAGUCACUAUAUACCACACCUACAGUACCAGUCACUAUAUACCACACCUACAGAACCAGUCACUAUAUACCACACCUACAGUACCAGUCACUAUAUACCACACCUACAGAACCAGUCACUAUAUACCACACCUACAGAACCAGUCACUAUAUACCACACCUACAGAACCAGUCACUAUAUACCACACCUACAGAACCAGUCACUAUAUACCACACCUACAGAACCAGUCCCUAUAUACCACACCUACAGAACCAGUCACUAUAUACCACACCUACAGAACCAGUCACUAUAUACCACACCUACAGUACCACACCUACAGAACCAGUCACUAUAUACCACACCUACAGAACCAGUCACUAUAUACCACACCUACAGAACCAGUCACUAUAUACCACACCUACAGAACCAGUCACUAUAUACCACACCUACAGAACCAGUCACUAUAUACCACACCUACAGAACCAGUCACUAUAUACCACACCUACAGUACCAGUCACUAUAUACCACACCUACAGAACCAGUCACUAUAUACCACACCUACAGAACCAGUCACUAUAUACCACACCUACAGAACCAGUCACUAUAUACCACACCUACAGAACCAGUCACUAUAUACCACACCUACAGAACCACACCUACAGAACCAGUCACUAGGUGUGGUACUGUAGGUGUGGUAUACAACAACUUCACCGCGCUCUUUCCAUCCCACCAACUGUUUGUUCCCUUGGACUGUCGGCGUGCAGAAGUGAAAACUCAUUUCAAUCUGCUGGGGACUUGCGUGCUAUUAAAUGUAUAAUAUGCGACAUGUUCGUUGUCUCAGGGAACGGUCCGAUGGAUACCUUCAUUUGUGAAAAAAUUUAUUUAACUUGAUGCAGCUAAAGAAAGGAUUAUUACAAUUCAUGAAUACUUUUUUUUUUUGACCAAGUGCCUUGAACUGAAUAAGGAUUCUGAGACUAUCGGCAUCUUUAAAUGGUUCCUAUCAAAACAUCCAAGAGGAUUCUAAUGGGACCUUCCUGGACUAUGAUCAAUUUCUGCCACUGCACCCCUCUACUACAGUGAGGGAAAAAAGUAUUUGAUCCCCUGCUGAUUUUGUACGUUUGCCCACUGACAAAGACAUGAUCAGUCUAUAAUUUUAAUGGUAGGUUUAUUUGAACAGUGAGAGACAGAAUAACAACAACAAAAUCCAGAAAAACGCAUGUCAAAAAUGUUAUAAAUUGAUUUGCAUUUUAAUGAGGGAAAUAAGUAUUUGACCCCCUCUCAAUCAGAAAGAUUUCUGGCUCCCAGGUGCCUUUUAUACAGGUAACGAGCUGAGAUUAGGAGCACACGACAUGCCAAAAAGAAACGCUGACACUACACAUCCAAGUAUAUCUACCAAAUUAUGAAAGACAAGCAUUGUAAUUUUGAAUUCAGUAAAGUAAGUGUGGAAGAGGUGAACAAAAAUAUUGUUGUCUAUCAACAAUGACAAGCCAUUGGGGUCUGACAACUUGGAUGGAAAAUUACUGAGGAUAAUAGCGGACGAUAUUGCCACUCCUAUUUUCCAUAUUUUCAAUCUAAGCCUACUAGAAAGUGUGUGCCCUCAGGCCUGGAGGGAAGCAAAAGUCAUUCCGCUACCUAAGAAUAGUAAAGCCCCCUUUACUGGCUCAAAUAGCUGACCAACCAGCCUGUUACCAACCCUUAGUAAACUUUUGGAGAAAAAAAAUGUUUGACCAGAUAUCAUUAUAUCUUACAGUAAACAAAUUGACAGACUUUCAGCAUGUUUAUAGAUAAGGACAUUCAACAAGCACAGUACUUACACAAAUGACUGAUGAUUGGCUGAGAGAAAUCGAUGAUAAAAAUAUUGUGGGGGCUGUUUUGUUAGACUUCAGCGCUGCUUUUGACAUUAUCAAUCAUAGUCUGCUGCUGGAAAAACUUGUGUUAUGGCUUUACACCACCUGCUAUAUUGUGGAUAAAGAGUUAGACAGGUAACAGAACACAGAGGGUGUUCUUUAAUGGAAGCCUCUCCAUCAUAAUCCAGGUAGAAUCAGGAAUUCCCCAGGGCAGCUGUCUAGGACCCUUACAUUUUCAAUCUUUACUAACGACAUGCCACUUGCUUUACCUAUGUAUGCGGAUGACUCAACACGUCAGCUACCACAGCGACUGAAAUGACAGCAACACUUAAAGAGCUGCAGUUAGUUUCAGAAUGGGUGGCAAGGAAUAAAUUAGUCCUAAAUAUUUCAAAAACUAAAAGCAUUUUAUUUGGGACAAAUCAUUCACUAAACCCUAAACCUCAACUAAAUCUUAUGAAUAUUGUGGAAAUUGAGAAAGGUGACUAAACUGCUUGGAGUAACCCUGGAUUGUAAACUCAUGGUCAAAACAUAUUGAUACAAAAGUAGCUAAGAUGGGGAGAAGUCCAUAAUAAAGCGCUGCUCUACCUUCUUAACAACACUAUCAACAAGGCAGGUCCUACAGGCCCUAGUUUUGUCACACCUGGACUACUGUUCAGUCAUGUGGUCAGGUGCCACAAAGAGGGACUUAGGAAAAUUGCAGUUGGCUCAGAACAGGGCAGCACGGCUGGCCCUUGGAUGUACACAGAGAGCUAACAUUAAUAAUAUGCAUGUCAAUCUCUCCUGGCUCAAAGUGGAGGAGAGGUUGACUUCAUCACUACUUGUAUUUGUGAGAGGUAUUGACAUGUUGAAUGAACCGAGCUGUCUGUUUGAACUACUGGCACACAGCUCAGAUCACCCAUGCAUACCCCACAAGACAUGCCACCAGAGGUCUCUUCACAGUCCCCAAGUCCAGAACAGACUAUGGGAGGUGCACAGUACUACAUAGAGCCAUGACUACAUGGAACUCUAUUCCACAUCAGGAAACUGAUGCAAGCAGUAGAAUCAGAUUUGAAAAAACAGAUAAAAAUACACCUUAUGGAACAGUGGGGGACUGUGAAGCAACACAAACUUAGACACAUGCAUACAAACACACGAUAACAUCCACACUAUACACAUGGAUUUUGUGUUAUAGAUAUGUGGUAGUAGAGUAGGGGUCUGAGGGCACACACAAUAUAUUGUGAAAUCUGAAUGAAUGUAUUGUAAUGUUUUUACAAAUGUACAGUACCAGUCAAAAGUUUGGACACACCUACACAUUCAAGGUUUUUUCUUUAUUUUUACUAUUUUCUACAUUGUAGAAUAAUAGUGGACAUCAAAACUAUGAAAUAACACAUAUGGAAUCAUAAGUGUUAAACAAAUUGAGAUUCUUCAAAGUAGCCACCCUUUGCCUUGAUGACAGCUUUGCACACUCUUGGCAUUCUCUCAGCCAGCUUCACCUGGAAUGCUUUUCAACAGUCUUGAAGGAGUUUCCACAUUUGCUGAGCACUUGUUGGCUGCUUUUCCUUCACUCUGCCGUCCGACUCAUCCCAAACCAUCUCAAUUGGGUUGAGGUCGGGGGAUUGUGGAGGUCAGGUCAUCUGAUGCAGCCUCCAUCACUCUCCUUCUAGUUAAAAUAGCCCUUACACAGCCAUAUUUAUACAACUACAUCUAUACAACCACCAACACCAUCAUAUUUAUAUAACUACAUCUACACCACCACCAUAUUUAUAUUUAAAAAAACAAGCCAUGAGGUCGAAGGAAUUGUCCGUAGAGCUCCGGGACAGGAUUGUGUCGAGGCACAGAUCUGGGGAAGGGUACCAAAAGGUUUCAACAACAUUGAAGGUCCCCAAGAACACAGUGGCCUCCAUCACUCUUAAAUGGAAGAAGAUUGGAACCACCAAGACUCUUCCUAGAGCUGGCCGCCCGGCAAAACUGAGCAAUCGGGGGAGAAGUUCGUUGGUCAGGGAGGUGACCAAGAACCUGAUGGUCACUCUGACAGAGCUCCAGAGUUCCUCCGUGGAGAUGGGAGAACCUUCCAGAAGGACAACCAUCUCUGCAGCACUCCACCAAUCAGGCCUUUAUGGUACAGUGGCCAGACGGAAGCCACUCCUCAGUAAAAGGCACAUUACAGCCCGCUUGGAGUUUGCCAAAAGGCACCUAAAGACUCAGACCAUGAGAAACAAGAUUCUCUGGUCUGAUGAAACCAAGAUUGAACUCUUUGGCCUGAAUGCCAAGCGUCACACCUGGGGGAAACCUGGCACCAUCCACACGGUGAAGCAUGGUGGUGGCAGCAUCAUGCUUUGGGGGAUGUUUUUCAGCGGCAGGGACUGGGAGACUAGUCAGGAUCGAGGCAAAGAUGAACAGAGCAAUGUACAGAGAGAUCCUUGAUGAAAACCUGCUCCAGAGCGCUCAAGACCUCAGACUGGGGCGAAGGUUCACCUUCCAACAGGACAACAACAAUAAGCACACAGCCAAGACAACGCAGGAGUGGCUUCGGGACAAGUCUCUGAACGUCCUUGAGUGGCCCAGUCAGAGCCCGGACUUGAACCCAAUCGAACAUCUCUGGAGAGACCUGAAAAUAGAAACUCCCCAAAUACAGGUGUGCCAAGCUUGUAGCAUCAUACCCAAGAAGACUUGAGGCUGUAAUCUCUGUCAAAGUGCUUCAACAAAGUACUGAGUAAAGGGUCUGAAUACUUCUGUAAAUGUGGGGGGUUAAAAAAUAAAAUAAAAAUUGCUAACAUUUCUACAAUCCUGUUUUUGCUUUGUCAUUAUGGGGUACUGUGUGUAGAUUGAUGAGGGAAAAGACGAUUUAAUCCAUUUUAGAAUAAGGCUGAAACGGAACAAAAUGUGGAAAAAUGGGUCUGAAUACUUUCCGAAUGUACUGUAUAUCAAACACUUCAUUAGACCUACUUGUUUCUGUGAAGUUGACAGUUUGGUCCACUCCUCCCGCAGCAUCUUCAUCUUGCCCUGAGGGCAAACAGGUGACAGCAGCAUUAUAACAGGUGACAGCAGCAUUAUAAACAGGUGACAGCGUUAUAGCAGCAUUAUAAUAGGUGACAGCAGCAUUAUAACAGGCGACAGCAGCAUUAUAACAGGUGACAGCAGCAUUAUAACAGGUGACAGCAGCAUUAUAACAGGUGACAGCAGCAUUAUAACAGGUGACAGUGUUAUAGCAGCAUUAUAACAGGUGACAGCAGCAUUAUAACAGGUGACAGCAGCAUUAUAACACGGUGACAGCGUUAUAGCAGCAUUAUAACAGGUGACAGCACAUAACAGGUGACAGCAGCAUUAUAACAGGUGACAGCGUUAUAGCAGCAUUAUAACAGGUGACAGCAGCAUUAUAACAGGUGACAGCGUUAUAGCAGCAUUAUAACAGGUGACAGCAGCAUUAUAACAGGUGAAAGCGUUAUAGCAGCAUUAUAACAGGUGACAGCAGCAUUAUAACAGGUGACAGCAUUAUAGCAGCAUUAUAACAGGUGACAGCAGCAUUAUAACAGGUGACAGCGUUAUAGCAGCAUUAUAACAGGUGACAGCAGCAUUAUAACAGGUGACAGCGUUAUAGCAGCAUUAUAACAAGUGACAGCGUUAUAGCAGCAUUAUAACAGGUGACAGCAGCAUUAUAACAGGUGACAGCAUUAUAGCAGCAUUAUAACAGGUGACAGCAGCAUUAUAACAGGUGACAGCGUUAUAGCAGCAUUAUAACAGGUAGCACCAGUCAGCAGCAUUAUAACAGGUGACAGCGUUAUAGCAGCAUUAUAACAGGUGACAGCAGCAUUACAACAGGUGACAGCGUUAUAGCAGCAUUAUAACAGGUGACAGCAGCAGCAUUAUAACAGGUGACAGCAGCAUUAUAACAGGUGACGGCAGCAUUAUAACAGGUGACAGCAGCAUUAUAACAGGUGACAGCAGCAUUAUAACAGGUGACAGCGUUAUAGCAGCAUUAUAACAGGUGACAGCAGCAUUAUAACAGGUGACAGUGUUAUAGCAGCAUUAUAACAGGUGACAGCGUUAUAGCAGCAUUAUAACAGGUGACAGCAGCAUUAUAACAGGUGACAGCGUUAUAGCAGCAUUAUAACAGGUGACAGCAGCAUUAUAACAGGUGACAGCAGCAUUAUAACAGGUGACAGCGUUAUAGCAGCAUUAUAACAGGUGACAGCGUUAUACAAUUACAUUUCCAUUACAUUAUACCAGCAUUAAAGAGAUGGUUAAUAUGUAAUAUGUUAAAGAACAUUAUAUUUCCAUUCCAUUGCCUCGGAACCCAUGAACAAGUAUUUGAUAACUCAACACUGAUACUAACCUGCAUGGUAACCAGUCCUCAAUACUAACCUGCAUGGUAACCAUUACUCAAUACUAACCUGCAUGGUAACCAUUCCCCAAUACUAACCUGCAUGGUAACCAUUCCUCAAUACUAACCUGCAUGGUAACCAUUCCUCAAUACUAACCUGCAUGGUAACCAUUCCUCAAUACUAACCUGCAUGGUAACCAUUCCUCAAUACUAACCUGCAUGGUAACCAUUCCCCAAUACUAACCUGCAUGGUAACCAUUCCUCAAUACUAACCUGCAUGGUAACCAGUCCCCAAUACUAACCUGCAUGGUAACCAUUCCUAAAUACUAACCUGCAUGGUAACCAGUCCUCAAUACUAACCUGCAUGGUAACCAGUCCUCAAUACUAACCUGCAUGGUAACCAGUCCUCAAUACUAACCUGCAUGGUAACCAUUCCUCAAUACUAACCUGCAUGGUAACCAGUCCUCAAUACUAACCUGCAUGGUAACCAUUCCUCAAUACUAACCUGCAUGGUAACCAUUCCUCAAUACUAACCUGCAUGGUAACCAGUCCUCAAUACUAACCUGCAUGGUAACCAUUCCUCAAUACUAACCUGCAUGGUAACCAGUCCCCAAUACUAACCUGCAUGGUAACCAGUCCCCAAUACUAACCUGCAUGGUAACCAUUCCUCAAUACUAACCUGCAUGGUAACCAUUCCUCAAUACUAACCUGCAUGGUAACCAUUCCUCAAUACUAACCUGCAUGGUAACCAGUCCCCAAUACUAACCUGCAUGGUAACCAUUCCUCAAUACUAACCUUCAUGGUAACCAUUCCCCAAUACUAACCUGCAUGGUACCAUUCCCAAAUACUAACCUGCAUGGUAACCAUUCCCCAAUACUAACCUGCAUGGUAACCAUUCCCCAAUACUAACCUGCAUGGUAACCAUUCCUCAAUACUAACCUGCAUGGUAACCAUUCCCCAAUACUAACCUGCAUGGUAACCAUUCCCCAAUACUAACCUGCAUGGUAACCAGUCCUCAAUACUAACCUGCAUGGUAACCAUACCUCAAUACUAACCUGCAUGGUAACCAUUCCCCAAUACUAACCUGCAUGGUAACCGGUCCUCAAUACUAACCUGCAUGGUAACCAUUCCUCAAUACUAACCUGCAUGGUAACCAUUCCUCAAUACUAACCUGCAUGGUAACCAUUCCCCAAUACUAACCUGCAUGGUAACCAUUCCUCAAUACUAACCUGCAUGGUAACCAUUCCCCAAUACUAACCUGCAUGGUAACCAUUCCCCAAUACUAACCUGCAUGGUAACCAUUCCUCAAUACUAACCUGCAUGGUAACCAGUCCUCAAUACUAACCUGCAUGGUAACCAGUCCCCAAUACUAACCUGCAUGGUAACCAUUCCUCAAUACUAGCCUGCAUGGUAACCAGUCCUCAAUACUAACCUGCAUGGUAACCAUUCCCCAAUACUAACCUGCAUGGUAACCGUUCCUCAAUACUAACCUGCAUGGUAACCAGUCCCCAAUACUAACCUGCAUGGUAACCAUUCCUCAAUACUAACCUGCAUGGUAACCAGUCCUCAAUACUAACCUGCAUGGUAACCAGUCCUCAAUACUAACCUGCAUGGUAACCAGUCCUCAAUACUAACCUGCAUGGUAACCAUUCCUCAAUACUAACCUUUAUGGUAACCAGUCCUCAAUACUAACCUGCAUGGUAACCAUUCCCCAAUACUAACCUGCAUGGUAACCAUUCCUCAAUACUAACCUGCAUGGUAACCAUUCCUCAAUACUAACCUGCAUGGUAACCAGUCCUCAAUACUAACCUGCAUGGUAACCAUUCCUCAAUACUAACCUGCAUGGUAACCAGUCCCCAAUACUAACCUGCAUGGUAACCAGUCCCCAAUACUAACCUGCAUGGUAACCAUUCCUCAAUACUAACCUGCAUGGUAACCAGUCCUCAAUACUAACCUGCAUGGUAACCAUUCCUCAAUACUAACCUGCAUGGUAACCAGUCUUCAAUACUAACCUGCAUGGUAACCAUUCCCCAAUACUAACCUGCAUGGUAACCAGUCCUCAAUACUAACCUGCAUGGUAACCAUUCCUCAAUACUAACCUGCAUGGUAACCAGUCCUCAAUACUAACCUGCAUGGUAACCAGUCCUCAAUACUAACCUGCAUGGUAACCAUUCCUCAAUACUAACCUGCAUGGUAACCAGUCCUCAAUACUAACCUGCAUGGUAACCAUUCCUCAAUACUAACCUGCAUGGUAACCAUUCCCCAAUACUAACCUGCAUGGUAACCAUUCCCCAAUACUAACCUGCAUGGUAACCAGUCCUCAAUACUAACCUGCAUGGUAACCAUUCCCCAAUACUAACCUGCAUGGUAACCAUUCCCCAAUACUAACCUGCAUGGUAACCAUUCCCCAAUACUAACUUGCAUGGUAACCAGUCCUCAAUACUAACCUGCAUGGUAACCAUUCCCCAAUACUAACCUGCAUGGUAACCAGUCCUCAAUACUAACCUGCAUGGUAACCAGUCCCCAAUACUAACCUGCAUGGUAACCAUUCCUCAAUACUAGCCUGCAUGGUAACCAGUCCUCAAUACUAACCUGCAAGCUGCAUACUGGAUCCUAUUCCUACUAAACUGCUGAAGGAGCUGCUUCCUGUGCUUGGCCCUCCUAUGUUGAACAUAAUAAACAGCUCUCUAUCCACCGGAUGUGUACCAAACUCACUAAAAGUGGCAGUGAUAAAGCCUCUCUUGAAAAAGCCAAACCUUGACCCGGAAAAUAUAAAAAACUAUCGGCCUAUAUCGAAUCUUCCAUUCCUCUCAAAAAUUUUAGAAAAAGCUGUUGCGCAGCAACUCACUGCCUUUCUGAAGACAAACAAUGUAUACGAAAUGCUUCAGUCUGGUUUUAGACCCCAUCAUAGCACUGAGACUGCACUUGUGAAGGUGGUAAAUGACCUUUUAAUGGCAUCAGACCGAGGCUCUGCAUCUGUCCUCGUGCUACUAGACCUUAGUGCUGCCUUUGACACCAUCGAUCACCACAUUCUUUUGGAGAGACUGGAAACCCAAAUUGGUCUACACGGACAAGUUCUGGCCUGGUUUAGAUCCUACCUGUCGGAAAGAUAUCAGUUUGUCUCUGUGAAUGGUCUGUCCUCCGACAAAUCAACUGUACAUUUCGGUGUUCCUCAAGGUUCCGUUUUAGGACCACUAUUGUUUUCACUAUAUAUUUUACCUCUUGGGGAUGUUAUUCGAAAACAUAAUGUUAACUUUCACUGCUAUGCGGAUGACACACAGCUGUACAUUUCAAUGAAGCAUGGUGAAGCCCCAAAAUUGCCCUCGCUAGAAGCCUGUGUUUCAGACAUAAGAAAGUGGAUGGCUGAAAACUUUUUACUUUUAAACUCGGACAAAACAGAGAUGCUUGUUCUAGGUCCCAAGAAACAAAGAGAUCUUCUGUUAAAUCUGACAAUUCAUCUUGAUGGUUGUAAAGUCGUCUCAAAUAAAACUGUGAAGGACCUAGGCGUUACUCUUGACCCUGAUCUCUCUUUUGACGAACAUAUCAAGACUGUUUCAAGGACAGCUUUUUUCCAUCUACGUAACAUUGCAAAAAUCAGAAAUUUUCUGUCCAAAAAUGAUGCAGAAAAAUUAAUCCAUGCAUUUGUUACUUCUAGGUUAGACUACUGCAAUGCUCUAUUUUCCGGCUACCCGGAUAAAGCACUAAAUAAACUUCAGUUAGUGCUAAAUACGGCUGCUAGAAUCCUGACUAGAACCAAGAAAUUUAAUCAUAUUACUCCAGUGCUAGCUUCCCUACACUGGCUUCCUGUUAAGGCAAGGGCUGAUUUCAAGGUUUUACUGUUAACCUAUAAAGCGUUACAUGGGCUUGCUCCUACCUAUCUUUCCGAGUUGGUCCUGCCGUACAUACCAAUACGUACGCUACGGUCACAAGACGCAGGCCUCCUAAUUGUCCCUAGAAUUUCUAAGCAAACAGCGGGAGGCAGGGCUUUCUCCUAUAGAUCUCCAUUUUUAUGGAACAGUCUGCCUACCCAUGUGAGAGACGCAGACUCAGUCUCAACCUUUAAGUCUUUACUGAAGACUUAUCUCUUCAGUAGGUCAUAUGAUUGAGUGUAGUCUGGCCCAGGAGUGUGAAGGUGAACGGAAAGGCUGGAGCAACGAACAGCCCUUGCUGUCUCUGCCAGGCCGGUUCCCCUCUCCACUGGGGUUCUCUGCCUCUAACCCUGUUGCAGGGGCUGAGUCACUGGCUUGCUGGUGCUCUUUCAUGCCGUCCCUGGGAGGGGUGCGUCACUUGAGUGGGUUGAGUUACUGACGUGAUCUUCCUGUCUGGGUUGGCGCCCCCCCCUUGGUUUGUGCUGUGGUGGAGACCUCUGUGGGCUAUACUCGGCCUUGUCUCAGGAUUGUAAGUUGGUGGUUGGGGAUAUCCCUCUAGUGGUGCGGGGGCUGUGCUUUGGCGGAGUGGGUGGGGUUAUAUCCUUCCUGUUUGGCCCUGUCCGGGGGUUUCUUCGGAUGGGGCCACAGUGUCUCCGGACCGCUCCUGUCUCAGCCUCCAGUAUUUAUGCUGCAGUAGUUUAUGUGUCGGGGGGCUGGGGUUAGUUGGUUAUACCUGGAGUACUUCUCCUGUCUUAUCCAGUGUCCUGUGUGAAUUUAAGUAUGCUCUCUCUAAUUCUCUCGUUCUCUCUUUCUCUCUGAGAACCUGAGCCCUAGGACCAUACGUCAGGACUACCGGGCAUGAUGACACCUUGCUGUCCCCAGUCCGCCUGGCCUUGCUGCUAUUCCAGUUUCAACUGUUCUGCCUGCGGCUACGAAACCCCUACCUGUCCCAGACCUGCUGUUUUCAACUCUUAAUGAUCGGCUAUGAAAAGCCAACUGAGAGACCUGAGCCCUAGGACCAUACGUCGGGACUACCGGCCGUGGUGACUCCUUGCUGUCCCCAGUCCGCCUGGCCUUGCUGCUAUUCCAGUUUAAACUGUUCUGCCUGCGGUUAUGGAACCCCUACCUGUCCCAGACCUGCUGUUUUCAAACUCUUAAUGAUCGGCUAUGAAAAGCCAACUGAGAUUUAUUCCUGAUUAUUAUUUGACCAUGCUUGUCACUUAUGAACAUUUUUGAACAUCUUGGCAUGGUUCUGUUAUAAUCUCCACCCGGCACAGCCAGAAGAGGACUGGCCACCCCUCAUAGCCUGGUUCCUCUCUAGGUUUCUUCCUAGGUUUUCGCCUUUCUAGGGAGUUUUUCCUAGCCACCGUGCUUCUACACCUGCAUUACUAGCUGUUUGGGGUUUUAGGCUGGGUUUCUGUACAGCACUUCGAGAUAUUAGCUGAUGUAAGAAGGGCUAUAUAAAAUAAAAUUGAUUGAUUGAUUGAUGGUAACCAUUCCCCAAUACUAACCUGCAUGGUAACCAUUCCUCAAUACUAACCUGCAUGGUAACCAGUCCUCAAUACUAACCUGCAUGGUAACCAUUCCUCAAUACUAACCUGCAUGGUAACCAGUCUUUCAAUACUAACACUGCAUGGUACCAUUCCCCAAUACUACCUGCAUGUUAACCAGGCCUCAAUACUAACCUGCAUGGUAAACCAUUCCUCAAUACUAACCUGCAUGGGUAACCAGUCCUCAAUACUAAACCUGCAUGGAAACCAGUCCUCAAUACUACCUGCAUGGUAAACCAUUCCUCAUACGAACCGGCAUGGUAAACCAGUCCCCAUACUAACCGGCAUGGUAAACCAUUCCCAAUACUAAACCUUGCAUGGUAACCAUUCCCCAAUACUAACCUGCAUGGUAACCAUUCCCCAAUACUAACCUGCAUGGUAACCAGUUCCUCAUACUAACCUGCAUGGUAACCAUUCCCAAUACUAACCUGCAUGGUAACCAUUCCCCAAUACUAACCUGCAUGGUAACCAUUCCCAAUACUAACCUGCAUGGUAACCAGUCCUCAAUACUAACCUGCAUGGUAACCAUUCCCCAAUACUAACCUGCAUGGUAACCAUUCCUCAAUACUAACCUGCAUGGUAACCAGUCCUCAAUACUAACCUGCAUGGUAACCAUUCCCCAAUACUAACCUGCAUGGUAACCAUUCCUCAAUACUAACCUGCAUGGUAACCAUUCCCAAUACUAACCUGCAUGGUAACCAUUCCCAAUACUAACCUGCAUGGUAACCAUUCCCAAUACUAACCUGCAUGGUAACCAUUCCCCAAUACUAACCUGCAUGGUAACCAUCCUCAAUACUAACCUGCAUGGUAACCAUCUCCUCAAUACUAACCUGCAUGGUAACCAUUCCCCAAUACUAACCUGCAUGGUAACCAUUCCUCAAUACUAACCUGCAUGGUAACCAUUCCCCAAUACUAACCUGCAUGGUAACCAUUCCUCAAUACUAACCUGCAUGGUAACCAGUCCUCAAUACUAACCUGCAUGGUAACCAUUCCUCAAUACUAACCUGCAUGGUAACCAUUCCCAAUACUAACCUGCAUGGUAACCAUUCCUCAAUACUAACCUGCAUGGUAACCAUUCCCAAUACUAACCUGCAUGGUAACCAUUCCCAAUACUAACCUGCAUGGUAACCAUUCCUCAAUACUAACCUGCAUGGUAACCAUCCUCAAUACUAACCUGCAUGGUAACCAGUCCCAAUACUAACCUGCAUGGUAACCAUUCCCAAUACUAACCUGCAUGGUAACCAGUCCUCAAUACUAACCUGCAUGGUAACCAUUCCCAAUACUAACCUGCAUGGUAACCAUUCCCCAAUACUAACCUGCAUGGUAACCAUUCCUCAAUACUAACCUGCAUGGUAACCAUUCCCCAAUACUAACCUGCAUGGUAACCAUUCCCAAUACUAACCUGCAUUGUAACCAGUCCCCAAAACUAACCUGCAUGGUAACCAUUCAUCAAUAUAACCUGCAUGGUAACCAGUCCCAAUACUAACCUUCCUGGUAACCAUUCCCCAAUAAUAACCUUGCAUGGUAACCAGUCCCCAAUACUAACCUGCAUGGUUAACCAUUCCGCAAUAAUAACCUGCAUGGUAACCAGUCCCCAAUACGAACCUGCAUGGUAACCAUUCCCCAAUAUAACCUGCAUGGUAACCAUUCCCCAAUACUAACCUGCAUGGUAACCAGUCCUCAAUAAUAACCUUGCAUGGUAACCAGUCCCCAAUACUAACCUGCAUGGUAAACCAUGUCCUCAAUAAUAACCUGCAUGGUAACGCAGUUCCCCAAUACUAACCUGCAUGGUAACACCAGUCCUCAAUAAUAACCUGCAUGGUAACCAUCCCCAAUACUAACCUGCAUGGUAACCAUUCCUCAAUACUAACCUGCAUGGUAACCAUUCCCCAAUACUAACCUGCAUGGUAACCAUUCCUCAAUAAUAACCUGCAUGGUAACCAGUCCCAAUACAACCUGCAUGGUAACCAUUCCCAAUACUAACCUGCAUGGUAACCAUUCCCCAAUACUAACCUGCAUGGUAACCAUUCCUCAAUACUAACCUGCAUGGUAACCAGUCCUCAAUACUAACCUGCAUGGUAACCAUUCCCAAUACUAACCUGCAUGGUAACCAUUCCCCAAUACUAACCUGCAUGGUAACCAUUCCUCAAUACUAACCUGCAUGGUAACCAUCCCAAUACUAACCUGCAUGGUAACCAUUCCUCAAUACUAACCUGCAUGGUAACCAUCCUCAAUACUAACCUGCAUGGUAACCAUUCCCCAAUACUAACCUGCAUGGUAACCAGUCCUCAAUACUAACCUGCAUGGUAACCAUUCCCAAUCUAACCCUAACCUGCAUGGUAACCAUUCCUCAAUACUAACCUGCAUGGUAACCAUUCCCCAAUACUAACCUGCAUGGUAACCAUUCCUCAAUACUAACCUGCAUGGUAACCAGUCCCCAAUACUAACCUGCAUGGUAACCAUCCUCAAUACUAACCUGCAUGGUAACCAUCCCCAAUACUAACCUGCAUGGUAACCAUUCCUCAAUACUAACCUGCAUGGUAACCAUUCCCAAUACUAACCUGCAUGGUAACAUUCCCAAUACUAACUGCAUGGUAACCAUUCCCCAAUACUAACCUGCAUGGUAACCAUUCCCCAAUACUAACCUGCAUGGUAACCAUUCCCCAAUACUAACCUGCAUGGUAACCAGUCCCCAAUACUAACCUGCAUGGUAACCAUUCCCCAAUACUAACCUGCAUGGUAACCAGUCCCCAAUACUAACCUGCAUGGUAACCAGUCCUCAAUACUAACCUGCAUGGUAACCAUUCCCAAUACUAACCUGCAUGGUAACCAUUCCCCAAUACUAACCUGCAUGGUAACCAUUCCCCAAUACUAACCUGCAUGGUAACCAUUCCCCAAUACUAACCUGCAUGGUAACCAUUCCCCAAUACUAACCUGCAUGGUAACCAUUCCCAAUACUAACCUGCAUGGUAACCAUUCCCCAAUACUAACCUGCAUGGUAACCAUUCCCCAAUACUAACCUGCAUGGUAACCAUUCCCCAAUACUAACCUGCAUGGUAACCAUUCCCAAUACUACCUGCAUGGUAACCAUCCCCAUACUAACCUGCAUGGUAACCAGUCCCCAAUACUAACCUGCAUGGUAACCAUUCCUCAAUACUAACCUGCAUGGUAACCAGUCCUCAAUACUAACCUGCAUGGUAACCAGUCCCCAAUACUAACCUGCAUGGUAACCAUUCCCCAAUACUAACCUGCAUGGUAACCAUUCCCCAAUACUAACCUGCAUGGUAACCAUUCCCCAAUACUACCCUGCAUGGUAACCAUUUCCUCAAUACUAACCUGCAUGGUAACCAAUCCCAAUACUACCCAUGUACCAUUCCUACUAACCUGCAUGGUAACCAUUCCCAAUACUAACCUGCAUGGUAACCAUUCCCCAAUACUAACCUGCAUGGUAACCAUCCCCAAUACUAACCUGCAUGGUAACCAUUCCCAAUACUAACCUGCAUGGUAACCAUCCCAAUACUAACCUGCAUGGUAACCAUUCCUCAAUACUAACCUGCAUGGUAACCAUUCCCAAUACUAACCUGCAUGGUAACCAUCCCCAAUACUAACCUGCAUGGUAACCAUUCCCCAAUACUAACCUGCAUGGUAACCAUUCCCAAUACUAACUGCAUGGUAACCAUCCCCAAUACUAACCUGCAUGGUAACCAUUCCCCAAUACUAACCUGCAUGGUAACCAUUCCCCAAUACUAACCUGCAUGGUAACCAGUCCCCAAUACUAACCUGCAUGGUAACCAUUCCCCAAUACUAACCUGCAUGGUAACCAGUCCCUAAUACUAACCUGCAUGGUAACCAUUCCCAAUACUACCUGCAUGGUAACCAACCUGAAUGGUAACCCCCCAAUACUAACCUGCAUGGUAACCAUCCUUAAUACUAACCUGCAUGGUAACCAGUCCCCAAUACUAACCUGCAUGGUAACCAGUCCCCAAUACUAACCUGCAUGGUAAUCCCUCUGGACUCCUCAUAGUGUUCUGCCAUGUAGAUGUUAAAGGACGACCGGGGCCGUUUGGGUUUGCCCAGACUGUUCAACUCCUAAAAGUGAAGUGGAAGUAGAAGUCAGGUGGUUCAGGGCACAUCAUCAGACACACCCUACUUACAGGCCUUAAGUAAGCCUUCCAUUCACUAGGAGGGCUGUCACGACCAUCAUUCAGUGGCACAUCAUCAGAACACACCACUACUAUCACAAGGCCUUAGUAGUAAGCCAUUCCAUUCACUAGGAGGGGCCUGUCACGGCCCACAGCACAUCAUCAGAACACACCACUACUAUCACAAGGCCUUAGUAGUAAGCCAUUCCAUUCACUAGGAGGGGCCUGUCACGGCCCACAGCACAUCAUCAGAACACACCACUACUAUCACAAGGCCUUAGUAGUAAGCCAUUCCAUUCACUAGGAGGGGCCUGUCACGGCCCACAGCACAUCAUCAGAACACACCACUACUAUCACAAGGCCUUAGUAGUAAGCCAUUCCAUUCACUAGGAGGGGCCUGUCACGGCCCACAGCACAUCAUCAGAACACACCACUACUAUCACAAGGCCUUAGUAGUAAGCCAUUCCAUUCACUAGGAGGGGCCCGUCACGGCCCACAGCACAUCAUCAGAACACACCACUACUAUCACAAGGCCUUAGUAGUAAGCCAUUCCAUUCACUAGGAGGGGCCUGUCACGGCCCACAGCACAUCAUCAGAACACACCACUACUAUCACAAGGCCUUAGUAGUAAGCCAUUCCAUUCACUAGGAGGGGCCUGUCACGGCCCACAGCACAUCAUCAGAACACACCACUACUAUCACAAGGCCUUAGUAGUAAGCCAUUCCAUUCACUAGGAGGGGCCUGUCACGGCCCACAGCACAUCAUCAGAACACACCACUACUAUCACAAGGCCUUAGUAGUAAGCCAUUCCAUUCACUAGGAGGGGCCUGUCACGGCCCACAGCACAUCAUCAGAACACACCACUACUAUCACAAGGCCUUAGUAGUAAGCCAUUCCAUUCACUAGGAGGGGCCUGUCACGGCCCACAGCACAUCAUCAGAACACACCACUACUAUCACAAGGCCUUAGUAGUAAGCCAUUCCAUUCACUAGGAGGGGCCUGUCACGGCCCACAGCACAUCAUCAGAACACACCACUACUAUCACAAGGCCUUAGUAGUAAGCCAUUCCAUUCACUAGGAGGGGCCUGUCACGGCCCACAGCACAUCAUCAGAACACACCACUACUAUCACAAGGCCUUAGUAGUAAGCCAUUCCAUUCACUAGGAGGGGCCUGUCACGGCCCACAGCACAUCAUCAGAACACACCACUACUAUCACAAGGCCUUAGUAGUAAGCCAUUCCAUUCACUAGGAGGGGCCUGUCACGGCCCACAGCACAUCAUCAGAACACACCACUACUAUCACAAGGCCUUAGUAGUAAGCCAUUCCAGUCACUAGGACAGCACAUCACUACACUCACCCUCUUCCUUCUGAUGGCUUUCCUCUUGGCCAGCCUCCGUCUCCUCUCCUCUUUCAGAGCAGCAGCCUGAGCCGGGCUGAGUUGGGACUGGUACCUCUGCAGGUCCACUUUAAACUGUUCCCUGGCAACCACUGA